GUGGCCCCUACGAGUUUAACGCUUCCUCAUGAUUUUAAUAGUAAUAAUGUAAAUAAACUUGAGGUAUAAAGGAAAGAGAAGAAAGAAUCGAGCAGCAGCCAGGGAGCAACAAACAUGUUUAUAUAUCUCAGCAAGAAGAUUGCCAUUCCUAACAACACUCACUUACGAUGUGUUGGAUGGAACAAAGAUCAGGGAUACAUCGCGUGUGGUGGAGAUGAAGGUUUAUUAAAAGUUCUUAAGCUGGAAGCUGGUAAAGAUGCAAAGGUUAAGGGCUUAGCAGCUCCCUCCAACCUGUCCAUGAACCAGACUCUUGAAGGUCAUUCUGGUACGAUACAGGUUGUUACUUGGAAUGAAUCUCAUCAAAAACUUACUUCAUCUGAUCAGAGCGGUCUCAUUAUUGUGUGGAUGCUAUACAAGGGUUCAUGGUAUGAGGAGAUGAUUAACAAUCGCAACAAGUCUGUGGUGCGAGGCAUGGCAUGGAACACAGAUGGCCAGAAGAUUUGUAUUGUAUAUGAGGAUGGUGCAGUAAUUGUAGGAAGUGUGGAUGGGAACCGAAUAUGGGGAAAAGAGCUGAAGGGUCAACAUCUGAUGGGUGUUGAAUGGUCACCUGACUCUUGUCUACUCCUCUUCUCACUUGUUAAUGGGGAAGUUCAUGUCUAUGACAAUACUGGAGGUUUUGUUAGCAGGCUAAACAUCCAGUGUUUAGGCAGCAUGGGAUUAGGAGCUAUCGUUGUUGGGCUAUCGUGGUACAAUGGACGUAAUGGCUAUUUUGAACCAGACUGUCCCACACUAGCCAUAUGUUAUGAUAAUGGAAGAAUGCAGAUAAUGCGUAAUGAGAGUGAUGACAUGCCUGUGUUAAUAGAUACUGGCAUGAGUGUGUGUGCCAGCCAGUGGAAUCAUAAUGGAAGUGUGAUGGCUGUGGCUGGCACUCUUCAUCUCUCUGGUGCUAGUGAGAAGGAUUGCAAUGUUGUCCAGUUUUAUACUCCUUUUGGUGAGCAUCUGCGGACACUAAAAGUUCCAGGCAAGCAAAUAACUGCUUGUUCCUGGGAGGGUGGAUCACUUCGCAUUGCCUUGGCUGUUGACUCCUUCAUCUACUUUGCAAAUAUCCGUCCAGACUACCGAUGGUGCUUUUUUGCAAAUACAGUUGUGUAUACAUAUACCAAACCUGAGCGUUCAGAGGCAUGUGUCACAUUUUGGGAUACUCGCAAUAAUGAGCAUUUCAUUAAACAUAUAAAGUACCUGAUGGGAAUGACAUCAUAUGGAGAACACUGUGUCCUGGCUGUACGCACAGAUGAUGGAUCCGGACAAUUUGGCCUCAUCAUCUGCAAUGCUAUUGGAACACCUGUUGACAGUAAAUAUAUAGAUAUAGAGCCUCAUUACCUGGCCAUGACAAGCAACUAUGUGUUUGCAGUCUCUAAGGAGAACUUCUACCUAUGGCACUUCAAGACACCAAAGGCUCAUAGUUCUCUUGAAUUAGCAAGUAUUGUAAAAGCUGACCGGCAAGAGCGACUCUACCACAUUGAUGAUACGCCAACGGGAGUUUCGGAUGUUUUCAGAGAGGGAGAAAAAUUAUAUGAGGCUACUAAUGAUCCAGUAUGUUGUCUUGCUGCAAGUGAACGCAUAUUGAUAAUUGGCAGGGAAUCAGGAAGCUUACAGAGAUACACUUUACCACACGUUGCUCUCAUUGCUCGUUACAGUCUUCCCUGCCGCCCACAUCGCUUGUCACUUAACUGCAAUUCCUCGCGGCUGGCCAUCAUUGAUAUCACUGGCUUGCUUACAUUCUUAGAGCUGGAUACUCGCUCCACAGACACUGGCUCUGAGGUGAUGGGUUCCAUAUUGAAAUUUGAGCGUAAAGAUGUAUGGGACAUGUGUUGGGCUCAGGACAACCCAGAGUUAUUUGCCAUGAUGGAGAAGACUCGCAUGUAUGUCUUUCGUAACAUGGAUCCUGAGGAGCCUGUUGCCAGUUCUGGUUAUCUCUGCAGCUUUCAGGACCUUGAGAUCCGUGCAGUCCUCCUGGAUGAAGUGAUGCGUGAACCAGAGUCUCCCACCACAGACCACUUGCUCACUUUAGAGGUUAAGAGUCUCCGGGACACACGAGACCUUCUUGAAAAAGUCUCUGUUAAGGAUGCUGCAGCUUUUAUUGAUGAAAACCCUCACCCGAGACUCUGGCGUUUGCUUGCUGAAGCCGCUUUAGAAAAGCAAGACCUCAAGAACGCUGAAGCAGCCUUUGUCCGAUGCAAGGAUUACCCAGGAAUACAACUGGUUAAACGCAUCUCCAACAUCCAGAAUGAAACUCUUCGUAAAGCAGAAGUGGCAGCGUAUUUUAAAGACUUUGAUGAGGCAGAGAAGUUGUACUUGGAGGUAGAUAGAAGGGACAUUGCCAUUUCUCUGCGACGUAAGUUAGGAGAUUGGUUCAGAGUUGUUCAGCUGCUUAAAUCUGGGUCGUCUGGUGAUGAUGUACAGAUGGAAGAAGCAUUAAAUAAUAUUGGCCAUUAUUAUGCUGACAGACAUAAGUGGGAUGAUGCAGUAAAGCAGUUUGAAUCAGCGCACAACCAUGAAAUGCUGUCUAAAUGUUAUUAUCAACUUGAAGAUUUUGAAGCCUUGGAGUCACUUGUUCGCUCACUGCCAGAUAACUCUCCUCUUCUGCCCUCCAUUGCUGCCAUGUUUACAAGUGUUGGCAUGUCACAGCAGGCUGUUGAUGCUUACAUGAAGUGUAAUUGUGUGAAGUCUGCUAUUGAUACAUGUGUUGCACUGAACCAGUGGCAUGAAGCAGUAGAAUUAGCAAAGCAGCAUAAUGUAACAGAGAUCAGUGCUCUACUAGCUCGCUAUGCAUCUCAUCUUCUUGAGAAAGGGGAUCGCUUACAAGCUAUAGAGCUGUAUCGAAAGGCUGAUAAACAGCUUGAUGCUGCAAAGUUGCUGUAUCAGAUUGCUGAGGAAGAAGGAAAAAAGAAAGCACGUCCCUUAAGGGUAAAGAAGCUGUAUCUGUUAGCUGCUCAGCUGGUCCAGGAACACAACUCCAGGAUGAAAACAACUCUGAAAGACACCAGUGGGAGUCGAAGUGCAGCUUUGAUGGGUCUCUAUGAUGAUGGACCGGCACUUCCUACUGAACUACAGGGAGGUAGUACACAGACCAGCAUGCUCGAUAACCCAUGGAAAGGAGCAGAAGCUUAUCAUUUCCUGUUGCUAGCACAACGGCAGCUAUAUGAAGGCUAUGUUGAUGCUGCCAUGAAGACUUGCCUACAUUUACGGGAAUAUGAAGGACUUCUUGAUGCAGAAGAUAUUUAUGCCCUUCUUGCUUUGGCCUCCUGUGCCAACAGGGCCUUUGCAACAUGUUCUCGAGCAUUUAUAAAACUGGAGGCUCUCACUGAGAUUUCUCCAGAGAAAAGGGAAGCAUAUGAGGACUUAGCAAUGACCAUUUUCAUGAAGUACAGUCCCAAAGAUUCUCGUAGUAAUCGUGCCGAGUGUACCAACUGUGAAACAAUGAUACCAGACUGGGUUAGUAUUUGCCCUAGUUGUAACACACGAUUUGCAACGUGCAUCGUAACAGGACGACCAAUAAUGGAUGUAACUGCUGUUUGGACAUGCUCGGCUUGCAAGCACUCUGCCCUGGAACAAGAUAUGACCAUGCGUGCCCACUGCCCUCUCUGUCAUGCUGUCAUUGUCUCUCACUAGCUCAAAAAUUCUAGAAUGAAUGAAGUGAAAAAUUAUUUAUUAAUCACUUGCACUAACAGGUUUGUUAAUUAUUUAUAUCUCGUAAACAUGUAAGAUAGCUGGUAGAUAUGUAUUACAAAAUUCUACUUAUAUUCAGAAUAUACUUUACUUUCCUGUGUAUUUAAUAAUAGUUCAUAUUCCAGUAAUAUUUCUUUUCCAAUUUAGCAGGUGUGAUCCCAGCAUGGGCUACUGAUCCUGGGAACCACUAAUUAGUAUUUUUUUUUACCACAACAGCUGUCUCAUAAACUUUUGUCUUUCUGUUUGGGUCACCCUGCCUCGGUGGGAAACAGUAGAUUCAUUAAAACAAACAAAAAAAAAAAAGCUGUCUAAUAUCCAGGUAGGGUGACCUAGAAAAGUAAACACACUCGCCAUCACUCAUUCAAUCGGUUAUCUCUUGUUUCUUGUGCUGAAACGUCGUCUGGUGGAGGCCUGGUCUUGCUUUUCUAGGGAAAUUCUGCCUUCAUCAAGUCGUCCUUCAGCGAGCUGUCUUUUUCCCAGGCAGUCAUUGGGGGAUGUUUGGGGAAGUAUUCUGCCCAUGGGCUCAGCUCACUCACAUAAGCUGUGAGCGGUAAAUUUGGGGCUAGAUACGAGAGAAUGGGUCUAUGCAGCAAGUGUGCACCAUAUAAAAAAAUUCUGCAGCACGCAGUGCAUUAUGGAAAAAAAAAAACUGACUGUGUUUUUGUUUGAAACAGCAAAUUUGCUGUGUAUUUUCGUAUGGGUUUUAUGGUUGUUUAUUCAUUUUUUUGGUCUCAUUUGAUAGAAUGGAAGAUAUAUUACAGAAAUAGAGAUGAUUUUGAUUAGUUUCAGGACUGAAAGUGGCUUGAAAUUGAGCUCAAAGUAGCAGAAAUGUUUGAUUUUUGCUGAUAUUCUAAUACGCAUCCAACUGGCCAGUCUAAUACGCACUUAGGAAUGCACUGAUAUUGUUUAUACAAUUAUUACAAUAAUGCAGUAGUCUGCAUGACAGUAAAUCUUCUAUUUUUUGUGUAAAUAAAAAUUCAAAAUGAAAAGCAAGUGUAAUAUCAGAGGAGCCUGGAGAUGUGAUUAACCCUUAAACUGUCCAAACACAGAUCUACGUUUGUGCGCGUAGCGCUCCAACCUUGAUUUUCUCCAUAAGAAACAAUGUAAAAAAAAAAGGUAGAUUUUCGUUCGGAGCGCUACGCGAGCAAACGUAGAUCUACGUUUGGACAGUUUAAGGGUUAAGAAACAGAGGAAAUGUUUAUUUAGUGCCAGGAAUAUCUACAGUGUUUAUUCUGGACCCUAUUUUCAAAUUGUCAGUUGUUGAAUUUUGUAUGAAACUGGCCAAAUUUGCCUGUUUCUGAUCACUUUAUUUGAUAGUUGAAAUAGGUAAAUGGGUAAUUUCUUAUACUCACUCAAUAGAAUAGAUGAAAUGCUAGUAAAAUAGCUAUGAGUUUGGUGGACUGGAACAAUGGAAUUGGCCAAAAAUUGAGCACAAAGUGGGCAAAAUUGCUGAUGUGUAAAUAUCGCCAAGACCACUAGCUUUAUUUUUUAUUAUUUUUAUUAUCACAUUGGCCGAUUCCCACCAAGGCAGGGUGGCCCGAAAAAGAAAAACUUUCACCAUCAUUCACUCCAUUACUGUCUUGCCAGAAGGGUGCUUUACACUACAGUUUUUAAACUGCAACAUUAACACCCCUCCUUAGGGGUGCAGGCACUGUACUUCCCAUCUCCAGGACUCAAGUCCGGCCUGCCGGUUUCCCUGAAUCCCUUCAUAAAUGUUACUUUGCUCACACUCCAACAGCACGUCAAGUAUUAAAAACCAUUUGUCUCCAUGCACUCCUAUCAAACACGCUCAUGCAUG